AUGACAACAAAAUUGUUGAUCUUGGCUCUUGAAAGGCUGAAGGAAGCGUAUAGCGUAAAGAAACGACUCUACAAGUCACAAAGAGAGGAGCUGGCUGUGAUUGAGCAGGCUUACGGCAACCCACACGAGGCAUUGUCACGUAACAAGCGAGACAUGUUUACCCAGAGGGCCUUCAAAGUAUCUAUUUCGCUCCUGUUGCUUUGCUUGAGAGAGGAGCUGCCUGUGAUUGAGCAGGCUUAUUACGACAACCCACACGAGGCAUUGUCACGUAUAAAGCGAGUUGUUAUCGAGUUCAUGGAUCUAUGCACCCAUCCAAUACCAGAGUACGAUAUUGAGCUGCUUGAGAAAUUUGCUUUGUUCAUCAUAAAGUACUGCGGUUUGGUGCUCGAUCUCCUCAUUCUCGGUCUGCGACGAGCAUCUGAGAUUGCUGGCCCGGCACAGUGUCCAAAUGAGUUUUUAACGUUCCAAGAUACUGCUACGGAAACAGUGCAUCUCGUCCGCCUAUAUUGCAGAUAUAUUGACAGGGUGUGGAUCAUGCUCAGCUUUUCUGCUGACGAAGCACGUGACCUGAUUCAGUGA